AUGAAAACACUGGGAGCAGCAAGAUGUCUUGUGGAGCACUUCAGAAAAAGUGAACUGGCUUCAAGCACGCUGAAGGCCAAACAGAAACAGAUGGGGACCCCAGAACAUAAACUUAUCCAAGAUGUCUCUACCAGGUGGAACAGCACCUUUUACUUGGUCACCCGUUUGCUAGAACAGAGAUGGCCGCUAACUUCAACACUGUCUGACCCAACAGUCACGCAGAGUGAUAAACAUUUCCUUGACCUGAAAGCAGAUCAGUGGCUCCUGCUAGAGGAACUGGCUAAAGCUCUUACAGCCUUUGAAUGCGCCACAGUCUACUUGAGUAGUGAAAGUUAUGUGACAGUCUCUGCUCUCCCUCCUCUGGUCAGAGGGCUUUUGAAGUCCACUCACACCACCUAUGAUGCAGCUCCUGUGCAGGCCUUUCAGGCAGUUGCUUCAGAGGAGACCACUGUACGCUGGACUAAUGAGGUCACAGUCACGCGUGAUGAACCAUGCACACAGGUCAUCACAGAAGCCUUAGAUCCACGAUUUAGGAAACUGAAAUUUCUGACCCCAGAGGAGAGGUUCACUGUUCAAAAAAAAGUCCAAGCUCUGGCCCUGCAAUCCAUCCCAGGGAAUGAGAAGAAAAAUGCCAGUGAGGCUGACAAAAGCCUUGCCUCAGCUGAGAGAACUUUUUCAGCUCUAGAUUCACUGCUGGCCUGUGACUCCUCAACAGACAGUGACACUGAGACCAAUGAACAGGAUGUUCACAACAACCAGUCUAUCACCAAUGAGGUAAGAUUUAUUUAAUUGAAUAAUAGUACAUUUUAAUUAGCAAGAUAAUAUUUCACAAAUCUUCAUUAUGCUUAUUUUCAUUUGUUGUCCCAUGGCAGAUACUGAUGUACUUCGGACAGCCGCCUCUUUCAAAGACUGAGAGUCCCCUUUUUUGGUGGAAGUCAAAUAAGGCAAAGUAUCCAACCCUUGCAUCACUAGCCAAGUCAUUCUUGUGCAUUCCAGCUACCUCUACACCAUCUGAGCGUCUCUUCUCUGCAGCUGGAAAUACCGCCUCAAAGAAGAGAGCCAGCCUCACACCUAAGCAUGUUGACAUGCUUAAGUUCCUGCACUGCAAUUUGAAUUAAAAAAAAAAAAGAU